UACAUUAGUCGGCCAACAGGAUUGUAAACAGGAAAGGGGAAGUUCAGCGCUUUUUGAGGCAAAAAAAGAGAGAGAUCGCUAUGAGUGAAGAUCAGUAAAACUUACAUGGGGCUAAGACGCAUCAGGGGAGUUCGGAGAAGUACCAAGUUAGAGGGGCUCUGCGUGCCAUUACACAAAGUGCGGUUAACACAAUGACCAAAUUCGGCGAUUAUCUGUAUCCGUGCGGCUUCUGUUGAUGAGUUACUCGGCUGCUGAGCACGGAGCGUCGCUUCGCCCGGCGUGUACCUCUACAUAGCAUGCAGGUAGCGGACUCCCGAAGUCCAGCUCCUUAGAAGUAUCGCGGAUCUCCCGUUUGCAGAUAGCUGCCCCGGGUUAAGUAAGUGUCAUGCGACGACAUGGCCCUUGACAGAACGACCGGUCCCGGGAUAAAGAAGAAGGGGAGCAGCAAGGUGGCCAUGUCGACACGCAGCCAUACGACUGCGGGGUCGCCGAUGAACUGCGAGGUGUCGCUUUCUUUUCAGGACGAGCUGGCGGCCACCAUACACGGCGCCUUCGAAGUGGCCGUGGAGAUCGCCGUUUUGGAGAUCACCAAGCUGGUCGGCCAGGCGCUUGGAGACGUGCGCGAUCAGAUGCACGAAACCCUGCGGGAGAACAAGACGCUGAAGAUGCGCCUGCAGACGGCCGAGCAGCAGCUGGACGCCCUGCGGUGCAGUUUGGGGGAUGAGAGUGAAGCGCGGCUGCUGACGGCCGCUCAAGCGCAGAAGCCCCACAUCUCCAGCAAAGCGAAGGCAGCCAAGUCCGGCAGACUGAGUGCAGACAAAAUAAAAGCUGCAACCCCGAAGGGGGCUGCCGACUCGAUGGACGAGUCGCUACGGGAACCGUACGGCCCGAUGGCUGCAGACACCGAGUCUUUCAGUGAGAUCCGGGAGGAUGGGCGGGUAUGCUCUCACCUUCUGGACCAGGAGCUAGGACGAGACCCAGUAGCGAAUCAGGUCCUGGGCGAUCUCUCAGCUACCAAGGGGAAUGGUUUAAGCAAGGAGCCUGAGAACCAGGUGGUGGCAGUGAAGCUGGACAGGGAGAACACGGACGAUGCGGCCAGGCUGAACUCCUCAUCCUCCUCCUCGUCUCUCUUUGUUGCCAUGGAUACUUGCGAAAUCAAGCAGGUCAAGGUGAAGGAGGAGAAGUCGGACCCGGGCAACGCCCCCGUGUUCGAGUCUGGCUCCGACGAAGUGGCAGGGGAUAAGUUUGAACCCGACACCCUGUCCCUGGUGCAGUCCAGACUGCUGGAGGAUUGGAGGCCUGAGCCCCUGGAGCUGAACCCGGGCUGUGGAACGGAGCGCUUUGCUCCCUGCACCAGCCGCUCCCUGGGUGAGCCUCCUGUCUCAAACCCAGAGCCUGCAGCUCCAGACAGCUUUUUCCCCCCUCCCUUCUCGAACCCCUACCAGCCCGCAGAUGCAGCGGCGGUGCCUGUCCCCCAAGAGCAUUACGGCAUGCAGGUGGGCAGUGCUCACCAGGCUCACGUCUGCCGGAUCUGUGGGGAAGCAUUCCACCUGCCAGGGGAGCUGCGGCGGCACCACAGCCAGCGGCAUAGCAAGGCGACGGCCAGGAGGGGGCGCCGGCAGGCCUAUCCGCCGGGCCGCAGCCCCUACCGCUGCUCCCAGUGCGGCCGUGAUUUCAACCGCAUGGAGAACCUGAAGACCCACCUGCGCAUCCACACAGGCGAGCGGCCCUACGCUUGCACUGUGUGCGGUGUGCGGUUUCGCCACUCGGGGGCGCUCACGAGGCACUUCCGCAUCCAUACCGGCGAAAAGCCCUACGUUUGUAGCCAGUGUGGGAAGACCUUCCGCAAUUGUGGGGGGCUCCGCUUCCACCAGCGCUCACACACGCGGGAGGGACAUGGCUCAGUGGACUGAGGGGGUGGGCACACCAGUGCGUCAAGCCAAUGGUGGAGUUGUGGGCCUUGACCGAGAGAGGAGGAGCAAACGGUCGUAUGGGAUCGCCAGAACCACGGUCCCGUUGGGUUGAGCUCCAAAUGCUUGUCAAACAUUUGGUUCUGGAAAAUAAAACGCAUCGAUUUGACCGUAGGCCACAACAUGGCUGAACGACUCUUGAUAUCCGACUAGAUUUUGUAACAUUCUGUAGAUUUUUUUUUUUCUAUUUUAGAAAUUAGAGAUUUAUGGGUAAUUUAGAGGCAGUCGGACCUGCUGCAGGUAUUCCAGCUGAGGGCUUGAACAGACCUGGUGAUUUUUCAAAUUAAAUGAUGUGAUGUUACUGCUGUGAUUAAUCUCACAGAACUAGGCAUGUCAAUGUUCUGUCAGGUGUGAUUAGGAAGGUCUUCUAAAUGUAUAUUAGACUUAAGAUUUUAUUCUUUUAUACAUUUUUUACACACAUGGAUGUUUCCCCGUAUUCCUUUCCAGAAUUCAGGAAGUUUCCUGAAAAUAAAAAAAAAUUCUGUGGA